AUGGAAUCUACCAGCAAACCAAAUCUAUUGAUACUUCAUGGCGCCUUUCACAUUCCAGAAAGUUAUAAUAAAUUCACUGGAGCCCUUCGCGCUGCCGGCUUUGAAGUACACGUACCACGCCUCCCUUCCAUGAACGGAAGUCGGCCUCCGAAUGCUGAUCUAGCCACCGACUCGGAACUCGUCCGCUCUUAUGCUACUAGCCUCGUUGAAGCUGGCAGGGAUAUAGCGGUUCUAAUGCACAGCUAUGGAGGCCAGGUGGGCACUAACUCAUUGUAUGGGCUCAGCAAAACCGCCCGGUCCGCUAAAGGACUUUCUGGUGGCAUCUCACAUCUGAUCUACAUGUCAGCAUUUGCCUUGCCCGAGGGCAAGAGGAUGAUUGAUAAAGUAGAGGAAUUCGGACACUUAGAUCUCAUACCCGUCUCUUUUGGCAUCGACUCAGACCAGAGCUGCGUAACGAACUACCCGAAGGAGGGCCUAGUAGAUGGGCCUUCUGACCAGGUUGACCCAGAGGAAAUCAAGGAAUUUAUUAAGACUAUCGGUCGUUGGAACGGGAAGUCCAUGUAUAUGCCCAUCGAUAACACUCCUGCGUGGCGCGACGAGGUCAAGGUUUACUAUAUGUACGCGCUCAAUGAUGUUAGCCUUCCUAUCGAGUACCAGAGGAGUAUGGUACAAUUUAUAGAGGGUGAGGGCAAGACGGUCGAAACAGUAGAGUUUGAAUCAAAUCACGCUCUCACCUUGCUAGUGACGGAAAGGGUUGUUGAUACUGUCAUUAGGUUUACAUCGUAG